UCUUCUUAAAAAUGACGUAAUGUUUUGAGAACGCCGACUGUAGCAACAUAAUUGAAUUUUAAUGUCAUUUAAAAAACUCGACUAGUGCCAUGAAUAACAUUACUUGAUGGAGCUGGCGUUUUCACCGGAAAAAAAGCUACUAAUUCUCGAUGGAAUUGUAAACUAGUUUGAAUUAACAUCAUUGGACAUGUAACUGCAAAAAGAUUCGAAAUUACGUGACAGUGUUUUCCCUAGAAUUUCAAGAGCGGCGCCACCAGAUGGACGACAGUCACAGAAGAUUCUUGCAGGGGCUGAUGCGCAGCGGCAUUGUUGAUGAACCACGUGCCAAGCAACUCCAUCGCAAUUGUUGCAAUGUACACAACACUUUUUACUCCCCAGACCACCUUGAUGACUAUAUCAAUACCAUCAACUCUAAUCUGGAGCCCAUGUUCAUGCAGAUUAGAAAAGGAAUGUGUGAAAAUAGUGGUGUGCAGCACUAUGCUUUGGUUAACAUGAUUGAAACGGAUGUCACCAGAAUGACAUCUGACUACGCCGAUCAUGAACUGGAGAUUUUCCGGAAAAUAAUGGACCUGGUCUUGAACUCGGACACUGGCACGGCCUACUCCACUGAAAUACUCAAUUGCGCCAACACGCUGACCAAAAAAACAAAGAAGAAAGACACGGAACAGCUGCUAAAUCGACUUGUGCGAGACAAUUGGCUCACUGAGAAAGAGGGUGAAUACUGCUUGUCCACCAGAUGUAUCAUCGAGAUGGAGCAAUACAUUCGCACCAUGUAUCAAGACCAGGUCAAAGUGUGCCGCAUCUGUCACAACAUUGUCUUCCAGGGCCAAAUCUGUGAGAAUCCAACUUGUGGCAUAAAAAUACACAACCCGUGUGUGGUGAGAUUCUUCCAAGGAGCGACGGAACCUCGUUGCCCUGCUUGCAAUGACAUUUGGCCUCAUCUGAAUUCCAGCAAUCGAGGAGCAUCUGUCUGAAUCCAGCAACUGAAGGUUCAGGAUCAUGUAUUUGUUAAAAAGUAACAUAUAUUUUUAUAUUAUAUAUAUAUUACCCUUGUGAGGAUAAACGGGUCAAAAAAUGGAUGGAUGGAUAGUCUUUCCAUUUUGGGUUCAUAUUGUUUGUAAAACAAAAAAGGUUAUUAAAAACAACUUGCUUGCCUCUGACACUAAACUCAAAACAAUGAUUGCAUAAACUUUAAAAUGUUCCUGAUGAAACUGAAACAUUUCAAAAUACUGUAUAUGUUCACACCAAGUUGUAUCUUGUUUGGUAACACAACCACUGGAAAUGCAAUGCUCCCAAUAUUGUGUCUUCGUGUGUGAGAACAAUCUCUCUCUCUCUCUCUCUCUCUCUCUCUCUCUCGC